AUGGUCAGCCCGCAGAUGGCCCAGCUCCUGUCCCGGACGGUGAUCCUGGCGCUUCUUUUCCUUCCCCAGGCAGGGCCGGCAGGCGUCUUCGAGCUGCAGAUCCACUCUUUUGGGCCGGGACCAGGCCCGGGGGCCCCGCGGUCCCCUUGCAGCGCCCAGGGCCCGUGCCGCCUCUUCUUUAGGGUCUGCCUGAAGCCAGGGGUCUCCGAAGAGGCCGGCGAAUCUCCGUGCGCCCUAGGCGCGGCGCUGAGUGCGCGCGGACCGGUCUAUACCCAGCAGCCUGGAGCGCCGGCGCCUGACCUGCCGCUGCCCGACGGCUUCAUGCGCGUGCCCUUCCGGGAAGCCUGGCCGGGCACCUUCUCUCUCAUCAUCGAAACCUGGAGAGAAGAGUUAGAACAGAUUGGCGGACCCGCCUGGAGCCUUCUGGCGCGCGUGGCUGGCCGGCGCCGCCUAGCGGCCGGGGGCCCGUGGGCGCGGGAUGUGCAGCGCGCAGGCGCCUGGGAACUACGUUUCUCCUACCGCGCGCGCUGCGAGCCGCCCGCCGUCGGGGCCGCAUGCGCGCGCCUCUGCCGCUCGCGCAGCGCCCCCUCGCGGUGCGGCCCAGAAUUGCGCCCCUGCGCACCGGUCGAGGACGAGUGCGAGGCAGCGCCGGCAUGUCGGGCCGGCUGCAGUCCUGACCACGGCUUCUGUGAGCAGCCCAAUGAAUGUCGAUGCCUGGAGGGCUGGACUGGGCCUCUCUGCACCAUCCCUGUCUCCAGCAGCUGCCUCACUCCCAGGGGCCCAUCCUCUGCUGCCACUGGAUGCCUUGUACCCAGGCCUGGGCCCUGUGAUGGGAACCCAUGUGCCAACGGGGGCAGCUGCAGUGAGACAUCAGGAUCCUUCGAAUGCGCCUGUCCCCGCGGGUUCUACGGAUUGCGGUGUGAGGUGAGCGGGGUGACGUGUGCGGAUGGACCUUGCUUCAAUGGCGGCUUGUGUGUGGGAGGCGCAGACCCUGACUCUGCCUACGUCUGCCACUGUCCACCCGGUUUCCAAGGCUCCAACUGUGAGAAGAGAGUGGACCGGUGCAGCCUGAAACCGUGCCGGAACGGCGGGCUCUGCCUGGACCUGGGCCACGCCCUGCGCUGCCGCUGCCGCGCCGGCUUCGCGGGGCCGCGCUGCGAGCACGACCUGGACGACUGCACCGGCCGCGCCUGCGCCAACGGCGGCACGUGCCUGGAGGGUGGUGGCGCGCGACGCUGCUCCUGCGCACUGGGCUUCGGCGGCCGUGACUGCCGCGAGCGCGCCGACCCGUGUGCCGCGCGCCCCUGCGCCCACGGCGGCCGCUGCUACGCCCACUUCUCCGGCCUCGUCUGCGCCUGCGCGCCCGGCUACAUGGGCGCGCGCUGCGAGUUUCCGGUUCACCCCGUCGGCGUGGACGACGGCACAGGCGCGUUACCCGCGGCCCUACCAGGGCUGAGGCAGGGGGAUCCCCAGCGCUUCCUUUUGCCCCCGGCUUUGGGACUGCUGGUGGCCGCGGGCUUGGCCGGCACUGCGCUCUUGCUGGUCCACGUGCGACGCCGUGGUCCUGUCCGGGAUACUGGGUCUCGCUUGCUGGCGGGGACCCCGGAGCCAUCGGUGCAUGCGCUACCAGACGCACUCAACAACCGGAGACCGCAGGAGGGUUCCGAGGAUGGCCCGAGCCAGCCCGCGGACUGGAGUCACCCCGAAGAUGGAGGCUCUCGUGCGAUUUACGUCAUAUCUGCGCCUUCCAUCUAUGCCCGGGAGGCCUGACCUGCCCCUUCUCCAUCAGCGCCUGGAGACAGGACCCGGAUAUUUUUGUAUUUACUUGGUGGUGCCCAAUGUGCUGCCUUAGACACUUUGGAGCUGGAGGGGGUGGCUGGGAGAAUUUUCUGUUGGGAGUUGUACAUAAUGGUUAUUUAUAUCCUAUUUUCUCCUCUCUCCAGAGACCUCUAUAAAGGCUCUUACUUUGAUCA